UUAAACAUAUGUUCAUUGUUCAAUGUUCAAGCUUUUCACUCGACUCGCUGUGUUGUAACUCGGACUAUAGUUAGAUUCCUCCAAGUUGAUUAUUAUUUUGUUUUACUGGUGUUAUGUAUGAUUGCUAAUAAUAACCGUUUACCUAUGUAAAAUGCGAAAAAUUGAAUACAUUUCCCAUCGAAUUCUGUACGACUCGUUUUGGAGCUGAGAUUUUGCUGGACCUACAAUAGCUAUAUUGAACAACUGGAGCACGCCAAACUGUUGUUCGAUUAGAGUUUAACGAUCCGAUCGCGUCUUGCUCAUAAAUGUCGAAGUAACUCUGCGACAGAUACCAAUAUUAGGUAUAUUUUGUAUUACAAAAUAUUAAUUUUUGUCAAAAAUGAGUCGACAACCAGAAAAUCAUAUCAUGGAUAUUCCUCCUCCUGUAUAUACAAAUGUGGCAAAUAAUACUCAAACAGUAGAAUCAGAAAAUGGAAAUGUUGAUACAAUACAGCAAAAUCCAGUUCAUGUACCGACAUCACCACAGCAUUAUGAUGCACAGCCUCCUAGAUUAGACUUUUCAGCCCCCCCACCAUAUGAAGACUGUAACCCAGAUUUUGUAAAGCUACCAACUUAUGAAGAAGUGCAAAUGGAAAAGCGAUUGGAAGGAGAAACAUCUCCAAGAUUACCUGGAAGAGUUAUUGGAGGACCUCCUAGCAUUGGGCCAUUACCGCAAGACAUACCUGCACAAACAUUGACUGUUCUUACGAUUGAUGCUGCACCUAAUCCAUGUGAAAUUGAUACUAAUUUAUUAGGCACAGACUACAUGUUUCUAACUGCUUUUUUGGUGGCUUUGCUAUUCAAUUGGGUGGGUUUCUUGGUGUUAAUGUGUUUAUGCCAAACUGUAGCAGCUCGUUAUGGAGCACUUGCUGGAUUUGGAUUAUCAUUAGCAAAAUGGACGAUGAUAGUUAAACGAAAUACUGAGAUGUCUGAUUUAUCACCAGAAAGUCGUUCAAAUACAUGGCUUUGGUGGUUAGUUAUGGCAUUUGGAUUUUUGAUUUGUAUUCGUGCUGUCAUACAAUACAUGAAUAUCAAACGUGGUUGGAGGCUGCUUAGUGUUCCUGCACAAGAACGAGUGUUAUAUUUUUAUUAAAUUUUUGAUCUGAUGGUAAAGUAAAGUAAAGUAUGUGAAAUAUUUAUUAAAUUUAUUUUUGUUCAUAUUUUAUUUUGAAGUCAUAAGAAUGUUACUAGAAAAAUUGUUAGAAAAAAUAAUAACUUAUAAUACUUAUAUAAAUUACAAGUAUUUAACCUUUGACAACACACAUAGACACCAACUUAAUUGCAAAAAUAUAAACAUUUGCCAGGGGUAAAAACACUAAAAACUAAAAUUCACCAAAUUUUGUGUCUUAUAAAAUAAUAAAGAUUUUAAUUAGAAUAAUAAUAAUAUGAUGAGAAGAUGCUCGGCUUGGGUUAAUUUUUUUAAAAAUUAUCGUACCUGCACUAAUGUUGUAUUUUCAAGACAUGUCUGAAUAUCGUUCACGAAAUCAUUAACAUAAACAAUGCCACUAUAAAAAAGACACAAAAACAAUGCAAGUAUUUAUUUGUCUCGUGUGACUUAACCUAAUGGAAGUAGAAAUUCACACAAGAAGUGAAAAGAUAAUACAGUUUUAAGAUGAUAAUGAAGUUAAAGGUGGUUUAAAACUGCUUAAAUUCCAAUGAGACAGAUGUGAAAAAGUUUUUUUUGAUGAGUUAUGAGUACAAUGUGGAUAUACACCAAAAAUUAUUAAACAUUCCGAUUUAUAAAUGUCGCGAAAUAUUCCUGAAGAAAUCAAACAAGACAUAUUUCAGUUUUGCAUACUCAUUUAUGUAUUGAACAUGAAGAUAUUUACUAUAAGUAAUUACGUAUUAAUGGAUAAAACAAACUGUGGGGUAACCAGGAUCAUUAUAAAACCAUAGAUGUUAUUUGGGAGGAUUAUGUGGGUAUAACAAUUAUCCCCAUGGUACUUUUGUCAUGUUACAUACUAUUCUUUUAUCCACCCCAACAACAAAAAAUAAGGUAUUACGUUACAAAAAAAUAAAUAAAUAAAUAAACAGUUCACGAGUGUACUUAUAUUCUAAUGCUAUUUUGUUUUAUCGAUUCAAGUUUUUUCAAUUUGCAUUCCUAUUUUUAAAAUAUUUAAUUUUUGCCCCUUUUAGUAUGUUUGCCAAGUGUCGCAGUGUCAAGUGUAAAACAAUUUUUCAUACCUUAUAAUAUACAUAGUAAUUCAUACUUGUUUAUUAGUCUAAUUUUCUUAGAUCUUUGGAUUAAGAUAGGUACUAGGUUCUUUAACAUAAUUUGUUUAUAGUUAGAAUAAAAAAUGUUUGAUCUCAAAUUCACAGAACAUGUGACAAUUUGUAUACCAAAAUAAUAAAUGUUAUAAAUUAAAAAAAAGUUAAUACAGUUAAAUAAAGCUUCAUAAGGUGAUAUAUCAUCACAUCACCCCUUUCUCCACGUAGUUACACCACUGGCAAACAAGAUAAGUAAAAUUGACUAAAAAUAUAUAUUCUAUUCUACAACAACAGUUCUUAACCUGUGAUCCGCGGCAGCCUUAACAUAUAAUAUACGUUAAUAUGUGACAUGAAUUCAUUAUUACAAUAUUGUUCAGUUAUUAUUUUAUUUUUGUCAUGUUUAAUAUUAUCUUAUAAUAUAAUUAAUUAUAAGAGAUAGACCUAUCUUAUCUUUAUUAUACCGACAACGAAAUAUAAAGGAAUUUGAUGCAAUUUUAGUAUCUACAGUUUUAGAUACUAAAUAAUUUUAUUAUUCAUAGUUAUUUAUCAGUUUUUAUUGUUCAUACAAAAUAUGUUGGGGUACCGCACUUAAGUCAGCAGUGGUAUAUUUAUUGCAUAUGUAAUAUUUUUCAAAUCAUAUUUAAGACAUUUAAGUUAAAAUGGACCGUUCGCUAAAUUUAAAAAGGCAUAAUUAUGAACUUCUGUUGCACUCUGAAA